UUUAGUGCAGGCAGUACGUGGGACGCCAAAGCUACGUAGGCUAGAAAAAAGGACCCCUGUAAGAACAUGAAAGUGGAGCAACUAAUUAAAAGGGUCUGUAGGAUAUGAUUAAGUGGCAUGGAUGAAAACAAUGGAAAUGGGGAGGUGGACUAUUUGCUGCAAGAUGAAGACUCCAUCAUAGAAGGAGUCAGCAACCCGGUCUUGUUUGUGGUCGUUCUCAGUGUCACGUUCCUGUGUGGACUGGUAACUCUGCUCUGCAGAAAUGAGCAGCAGAACAUCCACCCAGAGAACCAGGAACAUGUCCGUGCCGUACGACAGCAGCUGCAGUCUGACUCGCAGGAAGGUGAACCAACAGAGCCCAGGCAGCAGUUCUAUACAGACAUGUCCUGUCCAGUGUGUCUACAGCAGGCCGUGCUGCCUGUGGAAACCAACUGUGGACAUCUCUUCUGUGGUUCUUGUAUAAUUGCAUAUUGGCGAUAUGGGACAUGGCUUGGUGCAAUCAACUGUCCCAUCUGCAGACAAAUGGUGACCCUGCUGUUCCCUCUCUUUCAUGAGAAUGCCGCCCCUCAGCAGGUACAGGAUGGAACGGUUGAACCGCUCCUCAUCCUCCGGGAUCUCAACGACUACAACCGCAGGUUCUCAGGACAACCCAGAUCGCUGAUGGACCGGCUGCGUGACGUCCCUACGUUGCUGCGACACCUCUUCAGGGAGAUGUUCUCCGUAGGGGGCCUGUUCUGGAUGUUUCGUAUCCGUAUCCUGCUGUGUCUGAUCGGGGCUCUGACCUACCUGAUCUCCCCUCUGGACUUCAUCCCCGAGGCUCUGUUCGGUCUGCUAGGCUUCCUGGACGACUUCUUCAUCAUCCUGCUUCUGUUCAUCUAUAUCUCUAUCAUGUAUAGAGAGGUGGUGACCCAGAGACUGGCAGGAUGAUGACACCCGUUCAGUUCGGCUGCGGGGAAAUGUGAUUGUGAUGCAGGAGCCAGGAGGACAAUAUAUGCCAUGGACAUAGUUACUGAUCAUCGCUUAGCUUCAGGUCAAAGACACAGUGCUCUGUUGCUUUGGACUGGAGUUCCAUCAUGCAGAAGUGUGGGGACUAGUUAACGGGUUUGUUGGCAAAAUGUUUGUUAUUGGCAGGUUGUUAUUUCAUCAGUUGAUGUAAUCCUAUUGAAUAUGCUAAUCUAAAGUAUGUGUGUGUGUGUGUGUGUGUGUGUGUGUGUGUGAGAGAGAGAGAGAGACUGGGCUGGGACAAUAAACUGAUAAUUACUGA